AUGACCGAAAGGCGCAGUGUAUUCAGACCUUGUAUCGAUCUACAUGGAGGCCAAGUCAAACAAAUAGUUGGAGGUACUCUUUCCGAUACCAAUCCCAACGACCUCAAGACGAAUUUUGUUUCUCAGAAGCCACCUGCCGAGUUUGCACGUCUUUACAAAGACAAUUUCCUUGAGGGUGGGCAUGUCAUCAAAUUGGGUCCCGGAAACGAUGAAGCAGCCAAGGAGGCUUUGGCAGCGUGGCCAGGAGGUCUUCAAAUCGGUGGAGGGAUCACUGACAAGAACGCUACGGAGUGGCUAAAUGCAGGAGCGAGCAAAGUUAUCGUCACAUCGUAUCUCUUCCCAGAAUCCAAAUUCUCCUUGGCGAAGUUGGAAGCUAUAUCAACCACUGUGGGGAAAGACAGGCUUGUUGUCGAUGUCAGCUGUCGUCGGAAAGGAGAAAAAUGGUUCGUUGCUAUGAAUAAAUGGCAAGAUUUGACAGAGAUGGAAGUUUGUCAAGAGUCUUUGGACCUUUUAUCCAACUAUUGCAGCGAAUUUUUGGUGCAUGCAGCAGAUGUUGAAGGGCUUUGUCAAGGUAUCGACGAGGCCUUAGUCACAAAACUAGGAGAGUGGUGUCGGAUCCCGGUCACUUAUGCUGGCGGCGCUAAAGACGUCUCUGAUCUUGAUCUCGUCGACCGUCUAUCGCUUGGACGAGUAGACCUGACAUACGGAAGCUCACUCGAUAUUUUUGGAGGUUCAUUGGUUAAGUUUGAUGACCUCGUGAGGUUAUCGGACUCUGCAAGGCGCCAUUCAUGA